UUUUGUGAGCUGGUUUGGUUGGCGCGGUGUGGGUCAGGGUGGCCUUUGAGUGGCCUGUGAUGUUUUUUUAAAUUUUAAAUUGUUUUUUGGAGAUUAAUUAUUCCAUUUUAAAUAUUUUUGAGUGUAUAAAUCUUUUACUUACAUAUUGAUAAAUUUUUGUGACUGAUCAUUUAACCAUUUGUGAUUUAUUGAGAUCUGCGUCCCUUACCUAAGGCAGUCUCAAGUCUUACAAAGACAACAACAAUUAACACGACUAUAGCGCCUGCUCGUCUCCUGGUCUCUUUCGAGUAUCAAACCUGAUUUUUAGAGGGGUGCGGACACUCCUGAGUCAGCAGGCACGUGGCUUUUGUCGUAGGGCAGAGAUCGAUUGCUAAGAGUGGACGAGAGAAGCUUUUUUCUACAACAUUCCGUGAACACCAAUAGCAGUUUGAGACCAGAUCGAACUUACCCAAGAUAGCUUUUCCGGACGCCAGCUUUGCGACGCAUUGUCGUGCUUUCCACGUGGAUGACCUUUUCUCUUUUGACGACUUUUUGAUCGACGAGGUCUGCGUUGUGUUUCACCGCAAAAUCAUUGACAAAGUCUGAGACCGAGUCUGAGAACCCUUGAACCAAAUCUCUAGGUCCUCGCCUUAUAUAGUCUCACUAUGGCUGAUGAAAGAAGAAAGGCAAAGUUGAAAAAAAACGUUAAGAGAAAGAUUGUUCCCAAGCUCAAGGAAUUUUUAGAAGAGGCCUACCCUAGCACUUCUCCAUCAUCUCAGGGAAUUUUCAAGUGCCUGAUGGAUAGUAUGAUGAAAUACAUGGAAGAGGUUGCAGAUUAUGAAAACAUUCCCACUGACGGUUCGGAAGAACAUUCUGACUUAAACGAAUCUGGCGUUGAACCAUUUGAGGACACCGUCGCAGAUUCUGGCAACAAGCACACGGACGCGUCCAACGAACCGGAUUCUGAGUUGUCCCAAUCCGAUGAUGAGCCACCUGAACACUCGGUCGCAGAUUCUGGCAACAAGCACACGGACGUGUACAACGAACCGGAUUCUGAGUUGUCCCAAUCCGAUGAUGAGCCACUGGAAAACUCGGUCGCAAUUGGAGAUAGCGAGGAUGACUCUGAGGAAGAUUUGGAGCACAACAGAUCUGGUGAGAGCCUCCAUGAGAAUUCUGACUCUGACCUGAAUGAAUCUGAUGUUGAACAUCUUGAAGAUGACGACGACGAACAGGACAGCAGUGGCUCGGAAUCGGAAUCGGAGACCGAGUUCAACAUGGUAGCUCAUACUGACCGACGAGUUCUGUCACUGCUCUCCAAAAAGACCAAAGUCAGCACAUUCAUCGGUGGUGUGACAAAGAUCGUCGUAGGGGAUGGAAAUGAACAUAAAUUUUCACUGAUCAACAAAAGGAAGCUGCAACUCCCCGACGAUGUUGUGACCCAUAUAAUUGAUAUUGUGCAACAACUGGUUAAUGUUGAGGAUAGUGACGCUGAAAUCGCUGAUGACCAAACUAUCAAAAAAACAAUUGAGGGUCACCUGAAAUACGAGGGAGAAAAGCAGAAAAAGGAUGUUCAACUAGGUCGCAUGGAGCAGAAGUUGAAAGGCCUGCUUAAAAAAAAGCGUCCUGUCGCAACAGUGGCUUUGAAAAUGAAGAAAAUGUCAAGAAAAACAAGCCUCAAGGACUUUGAUGUCAUCUCCCUCAUCUGGAAUGAAGUCAUGUCACAAACAGAUGAGAGUGGAAAUAAGGAAAACGUCUGUGAGCUGGCCUUAGAGAACUUGAGCACAUUUUCCCCUCUGUUUGAUGAAUUCACAUCGUCCGUCCAAGCCCAGCUACGAUUGAUGUUUAAAGUCCAAGAGUUUUGUCACAAGAACAACAAAUUUGCUGGAAUUUUUGGAAAGAUCAUACGACUGUUUUAUGACGAAAUUGGUUUAUCAAACGCUGUCAUUUUGCAAUUUUACUACUCGGCAAAAACAAAGACCGUUUUUCGAGCGCAAAUGAAAAAGCUAAUCAACAAGAUUGAACCUGCCAGGGAGUCCGAGUCUGAGGAUGAAGAAAACUAACAUUUCUGGAUGCAGUUUUGCCAAACCUUGAUGCUUUUCAUCCGCCUUCGGGCAGACCUUCAAGUACCACUCAAUCAUCCUGGCUACUGCCAGCUGCUACCUCUAGAGCACCUGCUGUUCCAGAAGACUGAUGACGAACAAAAACUGAACUUCACUAAGGACCAACUGUCCCCAACAAUCUUAAACUUAAUCAUGAGACACAUUUAUGGAAACAUGUCUAUAUUUCCUGGGCCUGAGGUUGGCGUGUAAAUGUGCCGCACGGCUCAUGCUUGGAAGUUGCCUGUGCUGGCCGAGGAGGCUGAAAAUUACCGGACCACACAAACUGGACCUGACCAUUACAUGUUUGCCAAGCCGUAUAAUUAGAUGAAGUGCCAGUGUUUUGUGAGGAUCAUGCAGAGAUACACUGAAAACAAAAUACUGGGUGUAAGUCUCCAAGAACAUAGUCAAGGAAGUGUUGUGCUGCUGCUCAGGAAUGCUCAGCGUCAAGCAACGCUUUGAAUCCCUCUGCAAAUAGGGCAACGUUCAGGUCAUUUUUGAAACUGGCGUGGGCAACAACGCCCAGGUCCCAGAAAAUGUUAACACCCUCCUGUCACAUGUUGGCUUUGAAACCUUCAAUGUAAAAAAUUUUCCAUGCUCUGGAGAAGCUCCUCUCGCCCACUGAAAGGCUUGUGUAUUUUGAUGCUCAAUGUGUGAACAUUAUUUUUAUUUUCCGACAGUCUAAACAAAAACCUUAUUUCAUAUUAUUGUCAAGCUAUUUUCAACACACUCCUUUUUGUACUCAUAUUUUUAAUAUUUUUAUCAUGCAUUCAAUUAAAAAUAUAUUGUGCCCUAAUAGGGGAAUGAAUUAAUGUUCUAACUUUCCUUUAUAAUCUUUCACAUCUUUCAAUUAAUUAUAAAAAGACUCCACAGAUCUGAUGAUUAUGCAUCUAGUGAUAGAUUUUAAGCUGCCAUAUUGGUAAAUGAAUAAACUUUUCCAAAAUUUGUUGUGGAGUAAAAAUCAGGAUUCAACUCUUUCCCUGCAUUGUAAUAUUUCAAAUUAAAAUCUAAAUAGAAAGUAUGCAGCUUGCUUGGCAUUUGCGUUGUACUGGUUGCAUAUCCAAGAAUAAACCAAGUCGACUUUUUAUUAUGGAGGAAAAAUAUAAAAGACAACUGCUAAUCUGCAAAUUUAUGCUGUCAAUGAUAUUCCUCUAUGAAGACAAGAUUUUUAUUAAAUAUUAAUUAAAUUCGUUGAGAAAUUCUUUGCAGGCAAAAAAGCGUGUGUAUUUAAUAAUAGUUUAUCAGAGUAAACAUAUAUGACCUCAUCAAUUAGGGUCAAAAGACUUUUAAAGUUUUUUUAUGUUUUCAAAAUAUUUUUGAUAAACCACGACGAGUUUCAAAAAUUUCUAUUAUUACUAGCAAAAGGCUUUGAUGUUAUGUUAUUUACGAUGAUACGAGAGCUAUCCCACAUAUUCCUUGGAGUGUCAGAACACUACGCACACCAGUCACCAACAUUGAAAAGAAAACAAUCGUAUUGAGAUAAAUAAAGAGCACCGUUUCCUGCCAGUUAGUUCAUAAUAUCUCAUCAUCACAACAGAAGCUGUAAAAGUAGUGGCGUAUAUAGCUGGUGUUGGCCUAUUUUAUUAAAAUUUAAUUAUUUAACAAAUAAAAGUCUGACACCAAAAUAUAUUUAAAUCAACUUCACGGCUCGGCCCAUAUAAUCCGACACAGGUGCUAGAAAUGGCACUAUAUGAUUGUGACUAUUUAAGUAAUCUUCAUAUUAUACUUUUAAUUGGUCGGGAGUGCUGUGAAUUAUAUGGGGUUAUAUAAAAGCCAGACCUGAAAGUGAAGUUCCUACAAAGUUCUUAUUGAAGCGUAGGUACGCAGUACGCAUUCUUCACUUGGGUAUUUUCAUUUUAAUAAAAGCGCCAAUCCAUUUUUAUUAAAAGGUGGCGCGAGAGGCGAGAGAUCUUCCUGGCGUCUUCUUUUUUCGUGUGU